UUAAAACCUUCAACACCAAAGUGUGUGUAUCUUCAUAUUAGUGUGCUCCUGCAAAACGGCUGAUAACUAAAACCAGUAUGACUUUCGUUCUCCGAGUUACGGUGAUGGUCAUGGCUGUGAUUGGGCUGACCAGGGCUGGAUGUCCGCCGCUAUGGACUCGCUAUCGUAACAACUGCUACCGUUUCAUGGGUCAAAAAAUGUCGUGGACCGAUGCAGAAAACCACUGUCGGCAGUUCUUUACCAUCAGCGGACAGGGUCAUCUUGCAUCCGUGCACAGCUCCGACGAAGCAGAUUUCCUGAUCCAGUAUGUGAAAUCUUCGCUCGUCUCGUCCUACAGCAAUUGGAUAUGGAUCGGGUUGUCUAAACAACCUGAUGGAAGCACUUUCAGCUGGAGUGACGGCACAGUGGUGGACUACGAUGGAUGGCAACCUGAACAACCUGAUGAUGCAAGCUCAAACGAAGAUUGUGGUGAAAUAAGGUAUCUUGGGAGUCUCGUGCCGGGUUGGAAUGAUCACUUCUGCUCCAAUCUCCAAUCACACGUCUGCAAGAUGCCAACUGAUGUCAAGGGUUGUUUCUGAGUACAGGUGGAGAAAACCAAUGGAAGCAAACAUGUUUAAUCCAGAGAAAACAAAAAAUCACUUAUUUGUCGUGGACAUGGCCGAAUUUAGAAUUCUACAAGUUGAUUUCAGCCUGCCCUGAAUGGUCCGCAUUUAAUCGUCACAUGAACUCAAUGACCCAAAUAAAUUGUCAAUCUCACCAGUAUCUCCAAAUACAAUAUUUUCCACAACAGUUUCUCAACAGAGCCACCCACACCAGUUACUCGCCGGAGUCACUCACAACAGGUACUCACCAGAGUCACUCACCACAGUUACCCACCAGAGUCACCAACAACAGUUACUCGCCAGAGUCACCCACAACAAUUACUCGCCAGAGUCAUCCACAGCAGAUACUCACCAGAGUCACCCACACCGGUUACUCGCCGGAGUCACUCACAACAGUUACUCAGUUACUCACCAGGGUCACGCACAACAGUAAUUCGCCAGAGUCACCCACAACAGAUACUCGCCGGAGUCACUCACAACGGUUACUCACCAAAGUCACUCAAAACAGUUACCAACUAGAGUCACCCACAACAGCUACUCAUUUGAGACAAGUUUUACGCCACAGUAACUCACAACAUCUCUCGUGAUAUUUAUUCCAGUAAGGUCACAGUUAUUUUUCUCUUCUUCUGUGUUUCGAUUGAUACGCACUUAGCCUGGGACAGUUUAAAUUCUCACACAUUCCGCCCGUCCUCCGAAAACGCGAACUCGAUUUUGAAAACUUGCUUACGUGACCUCAUCGUUCAACAUACAAUAAAUUACAUUGUGCCUGAUGUUGAUGGUCAACCAUUAUUUAUACUCAAUACUUCCCUGUUUCUUUUUAGAGGCAAAUUACUGCCUUUUUUGUGGCCCUGAUGGUGUGAAAUGUUUGUCAUUUUAUUGUUUCAUGUGCAGAAAAAUUUAACUUGUACAAACAACCAAUAUUAUGCAUUUUGUUUUGUAUGCACGACCGGAAUAAUGUACACAAACAUCACCCCUGUCUUAAUCCGCAUGAUGUACGUGGGCUCAACGGAGGAUCACUGGCGUAUAAAAUUCAUGAGCUUAAAUAGUGGCGUCAGAUGAUCGGGCCCAAUUUCAUGAGUGUCGGCCGGAAAUUAUGUGCUAAGUCAAGCGUAUUUCACAGGUUAGCGGGGAAUACUACGUGCGUACUCCACGUUACUAGGCAUUCUAUGCUUUUACAGCUAGCGCAGAAAGUCGGCUUUUGCCGUGAUAAUCGGAGAAUGGUGAUCGUAAGCGCAGAAUUCGGCGGUAAGCAGCAGUACCUGAGCCAUGAAAUGGAACGCAUUUAACCUGGGCCCAUUUUCAUAGAGCUGCAAUGGCAAACGUUGUGCUUACUGUGCAAUUUCCACAUCAUAAAGUCAAGCUAACCAUAGGCAUAUGCAAACGAAAGGGCAUGCUAACCUUCCAUGGCUUUUAAUGAAUGAAAUAACAACGUACACCCAAUAUGAACGCGCAAGCCGGUGUUCCUGGGAAAUCUGUCCGCCGGAAACUCUGUCCCCCACAUGGGAAAUGGACUAAAGAAAGAGGAUAUUUCAAAAGAGGGCGCUAUAUCGGUAGAAGUUUCUUCACAGUUCGCCAAAUAUUGUAGACUGGGCCCAUGUCUUUAUCCGCAAGGACAAAGACAGGUCCCAGCUUCUCGGAUCCAGUGAUUCCAUUGGAUAAACGUGCACAGUGACAUGAGCUUUUCAGAGAUGCCCAAACAGUUCAUUCCUGUUACGACCGCAAUAUAAUUGGACUGUGUAUCUCUAUCUGAAAUGUAUGGGGUCAAAGGUCGGUUUGCGCCAGUUUUGAUGAAAUUCACUUACAGUUUCGGCGAGAUUACGUCUCUUGAAACUGGCUCCCCUCAAACCUGCAAAAAUAACGGGUUUUGCCUCAACUCAGUUGGUCCGUCUGUCCUCCGCUGCAGUGACCCAAUUAAUUAGCCCAAAGACUACUUCAUUAUUAUCUUUCAGCUAUCGCUGAACUCCUUGGCUAUCGCCAAACUUGACUUCAAUAUUUUAGGCUAAAGGACGAACUUCAAUACUUUAGGCUAUCGCCAAACUGUGCUCCCGCACUCCUCGAGAUGCUGGACGGAUCUGAAGAGGUGACGGCAGAUAUCCACCCAGAACCACGGGCACAACCAGGGCGAGACCAUCCGUGGGUUGAACGAGACAUUGAUC